AUGAUCAUUUACAAGGAUAUCAUCUCGGACGACGAGGUCCUCGCUGACACCUACAACAUCAAGGAGGUCGACGGUGUCCUCUACGAGUGCGACUGCCGCAAGUACCUCAAGAAGGCCAAUGAGGACUUCCAGCUCGAGGGCGCUAACCCCUCCGCUGAGGGUGAGGAUGAUGACGCCGGUGGUGAGGGUGAGGCGGUCAUGGUUCACGACAUCGAGGAUCAGUUCCGUCUCGUCUGGCUCAAGACCGAGGAGGGCUUGAAGCCUUCCAAGGACCAGUUCAAGGCCCACCUGAAGUCCUACAUGAAGAAGGUUCUCCAAAAGCUUCAGGAGAAGGGUGCUCCCGAGUCGGAGAUCGAUGCUUUCAAGAAGGGUGCCCCCGGCGCUGUCAAGAAGAUCCUUUCCAACUAUGACAACUACGAUGUCCUUAUGGGCCAGUCCAUGAACGGUGAUGCUAUGCACGUCCUGAUUGACUUCCGUGAGGACGGUGUCACUCCCUACGCCACUCUCUGGAAGCACGGCCUCGUUGAGAUGAAGGUUUAA